UCAUGCGGGUAACAAGCUGGCCCACGUCCAGAGUCAGCAUGCUGAUGUGUAUAAGACAGUAAUGGAUGAAUGGACCGGGAUUCAAGCGAGCAAGUCGCCUUUGGACGGCCCAACUGCACCAAAGAAGCCGAAGACCUGCCUUGCCAAGGUCAUGAUGUCGGGCCCUGCACUAGAAACGCACUGUGUACCGCUUGUGACAGAGCACGGGCUCUCUUUCGAGGUCCUAGAGUACAAAGCCUUCAGGACAUUAUCACUCCAAUGCUGAACGCCAUGCCAAAAAGAGACAGGCCAACCAUCAGUGCGAACCUCACUCCUGGAAAAAAUUCUGGAUUGGCCACUCGGGUACGCCAGAAAAUGGCGGCUGAAAUGGAAGGUAGAUUAAUGUCUAUGCAAGUGGAUGGCUGCAGUAAGCGUCACCGGCACUUCAUCGGGGUUAACGUGCAGUAUAUCAAGGAUAACGAGACCAAGGUUCGUACGUUAGCCGUCGAGGAGCUGCACGUUCGCUCUUCAGCGGAAAACCUCAAGGCUGUCCUCCAUAAGAUCCUCCGGAAGUACGACGUCCCGGCGAAGAAUGUUAUCUCCGUGACGUCGGACAACGGAGCCAACUAUUUGUUGGCGGGCGGACUACUGAACGUCAGCGGCGAACUUCAGCAGGACCUGCAGGAGUUGGAUGGUGAUGGCACCCAGGACGAUGCCUGGUUGCACAUCGAGAUAGGCACCGAGGGGACAGCGUCCAGAGUGUCCGGUGCGCUGCUGACACUCUUCAACUUGCCAUCGACGAGGCUCUGAAGAAGGACGCUCAACUGAAAACGACCAUCACCGAUGUAAGGGCCCUCGCCAAAGUCCUGCUCACGCCGACCAGCGUCAGACAGCUGCAGGCCGUGGACAAGACCCUUCCUCAGCUGGACGUUGUCACUAGAUGGGGAUCCACGUACUACAUGCUGAAGAGUGUCGUGCUGCGCCACUUCUUCGAGUCAACGAUGGAUGUCAGCAGCGAGGAGAGAACGGAGUUGUCUCUCAGUUGGACAUCGUCGAUGGCCUUCUCGCCGACCUCCUUCCUGUCUACACCGCCACCGUGAGACUCCAAGCCAAGGACCUGACCCUCGGUCAGCUGCUGG